AUGUCGUUGCCCUGGUGUCCAAGGUUGCGCCUUGCGGCCGGUCGUUCCGCUCAGGACGCAGAGGGGCGGAAGAACUUUCCGCGAUGCGAGACGGCGUGUGGACAGCAACUCGAGCCUACAGCCGCGGGAGGAGUCUUCGCCAGCGGGAAGUUCGCGGCGGGGACGAUGUCUCCGACGCAGGCGCCAGCCGGCGACCAAAAUGGCGGCAAUCAGUGGCCCGACAAUCGAGCUGCGGUUCCUGCGGAGCAGUGCGGAGGAGACGCCCCCGAAGGCAACGAAUCAGCACAGCUCUUGCGCGACUUUCUCGACGAGGCGGCCAAGAUGCCCUUCCCACCUUACCCGCCGGGUCUGACGCAGCACGCCCAAGGGGCCCCAUUUGCGAGGCCGGCAGCGUCGCGCGAAGAGCACUUCAGAGCGACCACUUUUUCGAAUCCGAAAACGACCCCAGGUGACAGAAUGCGCGAGGCACGCGGCGGCAAGACCGGCGCGGCAAGCGCGGCGGCGAAGGCAGGUGACCUCGACGAGGGGGCAAGACCUGAUGAAGGCCGGCGCCCUUGCGGCGAAUGGGUAGAACACGAGUCCGAAAGAGAUAACGCCAGCCCAGCGCAUGCGGGAUGCAGCGAGAGAGGCAUUACAGGCACUGCCUCUCCCCCGGCGUCCAGCGCAGACUCCUGCGCCGUCUCCACUCCUCCAUCUCAGGCGCUAGAGAGUGCGGACCUCUCUUCAGAGGAGGACGCGGCGCCGAGUGGUUCACCGCUUUCUCUGUGCCCCCCUGAAAGUGAGCGCGAUGAGGACACGGCGGAGGCACGCGGACAGAAGAGGGCCUCGCAGCUUUCUAGAGAAGACGAGGUGGUGCCCUUCUCAGGUCAGCGAAAGGCCUCGUUGCUUGUUUCAGCGGACUUCAGGGCAGGGGAUGCCACGACACUUCCGAGCUCCGAUUGCGGCGCUGGAUGGUGGGAAGACAAAGCUGAAGCGCCCCGAGUCGUGAGACGAGACGACACGCGGCCCUCCUCGUCCGGCCUCGCCAGCUCCGCCCACGAAAAAACCUCGACAGACGACUUGCCCCAUCAUGGGCAGGAGGCCAUUGCCAUCCUGCUCCACAUGCACGCCGAGAUCCGCAGUCGCAUGCAGGAAGAAAAAAACCAGCCACUGUCUGGGGACUGUGCCGCCCGCUACCUCGGCCAGCUCGCCAGCGCCCUCUGGAGUGCGCAGCGAGAGCUCCGUUCGCUGACCCAGCGAACUCGAGGGAGGGAGCUGCAUGACAAAGAACUCGACAGAGUUAUGCUAACGAUGCACCAGCUCGACACAGCGGACUCUUCGCCGUCAGACUCCGCUGCGUUCCCUCUGGAGGCACCGUCCGCCUUCUAUGAGGCUCUCCUCGCGACAGCUGCGUACCUGAACGACGCUGAGAGUCAGGCGCAGGCCUCGUCGCUCUUCGCUUUCUCUCUGGCUCCGCUCCCCGCCUUGGCGCCGCCGCCACCCCCGCCCGCCUCCUCUUACCUCCUCUCCGUGUCUCUUCAAGACUGCAUCGCGAUGCCGCGGGCCAACGUGUCUCUGCUCACUUCGCUGCUCUUGCAGGUGGAUGUGCCGCAUUUGAGCACCCCCGAGAAUCGGCUGAAACGUGCACUGACCGUGCAGCUGCUCCAAAAGUUCCUCGGCAUGCACAAGAUAGGCAAAUGCAUCUAUGACGCCAUCGUCUCAGCAAUGGAACGCGCGUCCUCUUGCGCGAUCGAGAAACUGGGAGAGCCUGAGAAUGCCCCAGCGGGCGCUAGCGCGCCAUCGAAAUGUGUAACUGAACGGCGAGAGAACGGGGCGGAUUACCGAACUUCUCAGGCGGAGGAGGGCGGCGCGCUUUCCUCUCAGCUACUCUUGAGCAGCGGUGGAAAGAUGGAUGCAGCGCCCACUCCUACAUCAGGUGACUGUCCCGCCGCUGCCUGUCAGCUUCCGCGCACGAGCGGCCCCACGGCGGAGGCGGAUGACGCAGGAGAGGAAAGGAGUGAAGCUGAAGGGUCAGCUGUCGGGGCACUCGUGCACCCACGUAAAAGUCGUCUUUUGCUUUUCACGGCUGCCGAGGAGGAGGCGGUCGACCAGCUUCUCUCUCAGCUUGUUGGACGUGCAUCUGCUGGUUUCGCGUCUUCGUCUUCGGCGUUGGCCUGCGGUUUGUAUUCCUCGGCUGCGUCUCCCUUUGCUGGCUCAGCCGCUGAGGUUUUUCGGCGCCAUGCGCCGCUGUCUUCGCUCGGCGGGAACGCGAGCCGCUUCUUUGCUAACUCGCGGGGGCCGACUCUAGUAUCGACCCCACACGUAGGGUCACAGAGCGCUCCGUGGUCAGACCUGGGGACUCUCCUCCCGUGCACCGGCGCGGCUGCCUCUGGCAGCGCUGUACAUAGUUCCCCAGUGGCGGGCGCGAGCCACAGACGCGUCCACGAAACUCCGCUCAGCGAAAGUGGAAGGACAAAGGCUGCAGCGGAUCCAUGGGGCGUGCUCGGCGCCUGGGAACACCGUGGUCCUGCCUCCGCUGCGGAAGAUGAGAGGUCUCAGAUCAGCGGCACUGGGGUGGGUUCGCCGCAGGACAGCAGUGCAGCAGCAGCAGAAAUUCUCGGGCGAGCCGCGUCUCUGCCUGAAGGCGUGGCCGCUAUCGCGCGGAGGGCCGGCGCGGAGGCGUCCAUCCUUAAGCUCUUGUGCCUUCUGGAAGAGAAUCGGAUGGAGGCCUCCUCUGCGCACCUGAUCCAGCGACUGGUGGGGGCCAUUCUUCAGGACGAACCUCCGCACUGCGACGUCUCUUCAGGCACUAGCUCUGCAGGCAAAGCGGAGCCAGGGAACGGGGGAAAGCCUCUCCGCUCCAACAGCCGCCGGUGGAGCACCUGCACCCGCGCAAGUACGCUCUGCCUGAACGCCUCCCCGCUGGCGUCGGCUAGCCGGCAACACGGCAAGAGUGCGGCUUCUUCGCCGCACUCAGACAGUGGAGCACCAUCGUACUUUCCUACUGGCGCCGCGAUGGACGCGGCAGACUUAUCCACGUCGUCAAGUGGCCUCAAGCGUGCAGAGGCGAGCUCCGUGCUUCCAAGCAGCCUCACCGAAGAUGACAGGGCAAAUCACGCACACGACGCGCCUCCAGUCUCCGCGCAAGCACCUCAGGAACCUCGCCAGAACGCAGCGUGUCCAGUGGGAUCUGUGGGAUUUGCGGGCGCCGCAGGGGGGCUAGGCUGGGCGAGUUGCGACGAGGCCCACGACGGCUUGGAUGUCGGCGUCGUGAGUGAAGACGAAUUUACGUCUGUGGAUGGAGCGGCACCCUCCUCGCAUCUCAGCAAUUCAGAGGCAGAUGUGGUCAGCAGCAUACCGGGCCGCGAGGUGGAACUGAAGACAGGCUCCGGUUCGCCAGGAGGGGGGUCCGGCGGCGGCUGCUGGGCUCGUGGCGUUGGCGACACUCCGAGGCGGAAGGAGGCGGAGGUCAAGAAUGCGAAGAAACUCAACGGGCCGCCAGGCUGCGCGGACAGCAGGCCCCGUUCAAAAGAAGCAUCAGAUCCCUGCUCAGGUGAUGUCAGGCAAAGUCGCGAGACUGGGGAUGACCAGCUCAGUGGCCGCGGAAGCGACUGCAAGCCGACAGCUACCGGUGGUGCCCCUCCUGCGCCCGGAUCGACUCCAGAAAAGACGGCGCAGCAGGUGGGAAUAGAUGAACCGGGCCCUGAUGCGUCGAAAGAAGAGGGUGAAGAAGGGGAUGCGGCGCUCUCGGACAUCUCCGCGAAUCGACUGCGGGGGGAGCUCAGGCCAGCUUGCUGUUACUUUAUGCGGUCCAUGUGCGAGUUCUCAAACGCCUGCGUCUUUUGGCACCCGCCGGCAACAGAAGCUCCCGAGAAGAUCGUCUGCAAAUAUGGAAGGGUCUGCCAUGCAAACCACGGUCGUCUGGUGCCCGACGGGGAAGUGGCCAGCAUCAUGUACGACUUUGCGAAGUCACUCUCCUCCAUGUCAGACGGCGAAAUGGGGCGUGUGAUCCAUUAUCUGCGGGCUUCACGUCUCAUCGGACUGGUCGGUUCCUCAGAGGAGGGAUCGGGUGCAGCGCAAGAGACGCUGGCGGGAGUCGAAUGGCUCACGUCAGCGGCUGGAGGCACCACGGAGGUCUCGACGCCGGUCAGCGAGCGCGGCAGGGAAGGGAGCGGCACGUUCUCGAGUUAUGAGACCGCAGCCACGACGCCCGUUUCUCGUCGCGCAGGGGGAGCAGCUGUGGAUGAUCUGUAUGAAGUGGAGUCACCAAAGAGGAACAUCGGGGGCCUGGAAACCGCGAGGGGCAGUGCUGGCUGCCCCCGCCUCCCCGAUCAGGUUCUUGAGCGGUUCCUCGGGUUAGCGGAGCGACUUCAAGGCCGAGACUUGUCUGCAGUCCACACUGCUUGGUGGCAAACCUUCGGGGAGCAGUUCCCAUUCGGGAGGUACGGGUUUGAGAAACUUCGGCACGCCCUGGUCGGGAUUCCAGGCGUCACACUGACUCCCCGCGGGAGCAGUGUGACGCUUAAGAUAGACCUGCCUCGUCUGUCAGCAUACAUCCUGCUGAAAUGUGCAUCGGCAUCCGCGCCUCUCUCGUCACGUUUUCCGUUGGGCAAGCUGCAAGCCAACGACGCACCAGCGCAGGAAGCCGCAUGCGGAGAAAGGUGCGUGCCUCAGUGCACCGGUGUGCGAGGCGCGCAGCGAAGCACGUCUUCAGCCCCUAUUCCAAAGGAUGACGCGGGGGCUCAGGACCCCGGGAACAACGCGCCACACGGCGCAGCGGCGGCGGGAAUGAGGCACGCCAGCCACCGGAGCAAAGCAAGCGGCGCAGAGGUUGCUGGGCUAGAAGUCAAGAGCGUGGACGGAGGGCGUCCGCUGCAGGCGGGCUCGAGCAGAGGCAGAGGCAAGGACCUCUGCGCAGGCACCGCCGGCGUGGAGGAGUGCGACCGUCUUGUGCCCGCUGGGCGACCUCGAGGCCCGGUCAACGACGGUAGAAGACUUCCUGUAGAAGAUCUUCCCCUGCUCAUGUUGAAGGUGCCGCAUGAGCAAGUAGUAGGCGAGCUUUGCUCCUCGGCCCUGCUGUGUGGCGCUUGCGGACUUCUUCUUUUCGAUCCUCUCGUCCACCCCCGCUGUGGCCAUAUGAUCUGUCGAGACUGCUUGGUAAUUCUGUCCGCCACGCACUUCCGCCCGAUGCACCGCAUAAACUUUAGAAAUAUUUCGACCCCGCCGCGUCGUCGUCACCCACCUCGCUCAUCCACCCCCACGCUCGCGCAAGUCACGGCGGCCAUUCUCCACCUUUUUCCGUCGCCUGCUUCACUCCCGCUCUCGAUGCAAAGCCCGUCGUCCCCCUCGUUCUGUCCCGUGUGCACUUACGGCGAGGAGCGGCAAGUGGGCCACGCGAGAAACGCGCUUUCCUGCGAGGCGGGGGGGUCCCCCAUUGCCAGCUCACCGCGCGGCGGCGCGAGUCUGGCGACGGACUCCGGCGGAAGGCCUGGCAGCCCGCAGGUGAUGGUCCUGCAUCCACGCCUUCCUCGAAUGCUGAAGCCGCUACAAAAGUGCCACCUUGGCGAGUUCCUCUCCGCUGUCGGAAGCGACAGGCGCGUUCCCGCGCUUCUGGGCCGCAUGCUAGAGAAAGUACAGGUUCGAUGCUGUAGGGCGGAGAGUCGAGCUGAGUCUCCGUCCCAGCCAUCGAGCGCGGCGACGGCUGCCGUGGCAGGAAGUGCUACGCACUCAGCGAAUAUGGACGCCAACGGAGCCUCCGGCAGGAGAUGUCUCCAAGAGCUCUCUGACGUUAACGCUUUGCGCAACGCGCUGUGCAAGAAGCAUCGAAUCGCCAACCCUUCGGAAGGCUGCUGCCGGUGGCAGGGAGACUACGCACGCUAUCUGGAGCACAUACGCGCAGGGGAAUGUGGGCGGCUUUACGCAUGUUACAGCAUGACGGUUUAA